UUCCAGGCACAGGCAAUGGUGGACAUCGUGAGAGCCCUGGGAUGGAACUAUGUUUCCACCUUAGCUUCUGAAGGCAGCUAUGGUGAAAAAGGCAUGGAAUCUUUUAUACAAAUUUCCAGAGAGUCAGGUGAUCUCUGCAUUGCCCAGUCAUUGAAAAUCCCACAGGAUCGCAAAAACAAGACCUACGAAUUUGAUAAAAUUAUCAAGCUGCUUCUAGAUACUCCCAGAGCCAGGGCUAUCAUUGUCUUUGCCUACGAUGAGGAUAUAAAACAAAUCCUUGCAGCAGCAAAAAGGGCUGAUCAAGUUGGCCAUUUUCUGUGGGUGGCUUCAGACACUUGGGGUUCCAAAAUGACCCCGGUCAUUCAACAAGAAGAUGUUGCAGAAGGAGCGAUCACCAUCCUGCCUAAGCGGGCAACCAUUGAAGGAUUCGAUGCCUAUUUUACUUCCCGCACAUUGGAAAAUAACAGAAGAAAUGUAUGGUUUGCAGAGUAUUGGGAAGAAAACUUCAAUUGCAAGUUAACAAUUAGUGGGUCAAAAAAAGAAGACACUGAUCGUAAAUGCACUGGACAGGAAAGGAUUGGAAAAGACUCCCGCUACGAACAGGAGGGCCGGGUUCAGUUUGUGAUCGAUGCGGUUUACGCCAUGGCUCACGCCCUCCAUCAGAUGAACAAGGAUCUGUGCAGUGAUUAUUCUGGGGUCUGCCCAGAGAUGGAACAUGCAGGGGGCAAGAAGUUACUGAGAUAUAUCCGCAGUGUUAACUUCAAUGGUAGUGCUGGCACUCCAGUGAUGUUUAAUAAGAAUGGUGAUGCACCAGGACGUUAUGACAUCUUUCAAUAUCAAGCCACAAAUACCUCCACUCCAGGCUACCAUCUGAUUGGCCAGUGGACAGAUGACCUACAGCUCAAUAUGGAUGAAAUGCAGUGGGGCAAAGGAGUGAAGAAAAUCCCCUCUUCUGUCUGCAGUCUUCCCUGUAAAGCAGGAGAACGAAAAAGGAUUAUGAAAGGGAUGAGCUGCUGUUGGCAGUGUGAACUGUGUGAUGGAUACCAAUACCAGUUUGAUGAAGUGAGUUGUAAGCUGUGCUCCUACAAUCAACGGCCAAACGAGAAUCGCACUGGAUGUAGUCCUAUCCCAAUUGUGAAGCUAGAGUGGCAUUCACCGUGGGCGGUCAUCCCAGUCUUUCUGGCCAUGCUUGGAAUUAUUGCCACCAUAUUUGUCAUGGCAACCUUCAUUAGAUACAACGAUACUCCCAUUGUGAGGGCUUCUGGAAGGGAACUUAGCUAUGUUUUGUUGACAGGAAUAUUUCUGUGUUAUAUCAUCACUUUCUUAAUGAUUGCCAAACCAGAUGCUGCCGUGUGUUCUUUCCGGCGUAUCUUCUUGGGAUUGGGAAUGUGCAUAAGUUACGCUGCUCUGUUGACUAAAACAAACCGUAUCUAUCGCAUAUUUGAACAGGGCAAAAAAUCAGUGACAGCACCCAGGCUUAUUAGCCCAACAUCACAAUUAGCAAUCACAUCAAGUUUGAUAUCGGUACAACUUCUCGGGGUUUUCAUUUGGUUUGCUGUUGAUCCACCAAACAGUAUUAUAGAUUAUGAUGAACAUAAGUCUAUGGAACCAGAUCAAGCCAGAGGCGUUCUCAAAUGUGACAUUACGGAUCUACAAAUCAUAUGCUCUUUGGGGUAUAGCAUUCUCCUAAUGGUUACAUGUACUGUUUAUGCCAUCAAGACUCGGGGUGUCCCAGAGAAUUUUAAUGAAGCCAAACCCAUUGGAUUCACUAUGUACACUACAUGUAUAGUAUGGCUUGCCUUCAUUCCAAUAUUUUUUUGCACUUCCCAAGCAGCUGAAAAG